AUGAAAGCUCAUCAGACACCACUCAAACAACCGCAAGGCUCCUUCCCAGGUGGUACAAUCAUUUGGAUAACCAUGUUCACGCCGCUCAUCACUCUCUCUCCAAUCCAACAACCAUUACUCUUUAUCUUUGCCGGCCUUCUCAUCCUGCUCUGCCUAUCAUUCUUUCGGCUCGUCCAGGUGCUCCGCCGGCAACCAGUCUCUCGACGCCCUCCGCCCUCGUCGAGAAAUCCGACCCAUUUGUUGGUUGUGCUCGGCUCAGGAGGGCACACCGCAGAGAUGCUCAACAUCCUGAACCAAUACCGUCGGCUGCAACUCGACUUCACAAAGCGGACCUACGUGGUGAGCUCGGGGGAUGACUUCUCCACGUCCAAAGCCCGAGAUUUUGAGGCCGAGAUGCUAUCGAACCUGUCCUCGUCCUCGCUCGUCCCCGAAGACGCUGCCUUGAACUACAGCGUGGUGACAGUCCAUCGCGCCAGACGUGUUCACCAGUCCCUGCUCACGACUCCUGUCACAAGCCUUCGAUGUCUGUGGGAUUGCCUCAAUGUUCUUCGCGGCACACAUCGAGAUUUCAAAUCACAACCUGGAGGCAAAGCUCCGCCGUCCUAUCCAGACUUGAUACUGACCAAUGGACCCGGAACCGGGGUUAUCGUCUUCCUUGCGUCCAUCAUCCUCCUAUUCUUCGGCCUUUCAAGCCCCUCCACCGCUGGCUCCGAGGCAGAGUUCACGCAAUCCGGGCAAAUGCGCACCAUCUUCAUCGAAUCCUGGGCCCGCGUGAAAACGCUCAGUUUAAGCGGGAGGUUAUUGAAGCCGUUUGUGCACCGCUUUCUUGUGCAGUGGCCCCAGUUGGCCGCACAGCAGCAAGGGAAAGCCAAGAACGUGGAGUUUGUAGGGAGUCUGGUUACCUGA